AUGGCGUCUACACUCCGCCCACUCUGGCGCCCUUUCCGGCAUAUUCGUUCUCUAUCGACCACAUCUUCCUCUCCUCGUCACCUUCUCUCCAUUUCCAAUCUCACUCCCCUGGAACUGAGGACGCUGGUGAACAAUGCUACUGCCUACAAACACUCCAAAUUUCCUGCCACAUGGCCUCUUCGCAAUGCUCUCUCAAAUAAGACCAUUGCUCUGCUAUUCUCCAAACGCUCGACCCGUACAAGAGUAUCGUCUGAAGGUGCCGUUGUUGCCAUGGGAGGACAUCCGAUGUUCCUGGGAAGAGACGACAUUCAAUUAGGCGUGAAUGAAUCACUAUAUGACAGUUCGGUUGUGAUUUCAAGCAUGGUGUCCGGAAUGGUGGCGAGAGUGGGCCCGCAUGCGGACAUUGCAAACCUGGCAAAAGAUUCUUCAGUGCCAGUCAUCAAUGCGUUAUGCGAUACAUAUCAUCCGAUGCAAAUCAUCGCGGAUUUGGCAACCUUGACACAAGCUUACUCCACGUCAGCGGAACAACUCCAGGGCUUGAAGAUCGCCUGGGUCGGAGAUGCAAACAACGUCUUAUUCGACAUGUGCAUUGGUGCGCGAAAGCUGGGGAUUGACAUGGCAGUAGCAACACCCCGGGGCUACGAAAUUCCCCCGAAGAUCAAACAGGAAAUUGACGCCGCUGGACCGGGGAAACUAUUCGAGACCAACGUCCCCGAAGAGGCCGUCAAAGAAGCCAACGUCAUCGUCACAGAUACCUGGGUAUCAAUGGGUCAGGAGGACGAGAAAGUCAAACGCCUCAAAGCAUUUGCAGGAUAUCAAGUGACGGAGGACAUGGCACGGAGGGGAGGAGCUGCUCAAGAUUGGAAGUUCAUGCAUUGUCUACCUCGGCAUCCUGAGGAAGUGAGCGAUGAGGUGUUUUAUGGCAAGAGAUCUCUGGUGUUCCCUGAGGCAGAGAAUAGGUUGUGGUCGGCGGUUGCGACGUUAGAGGCGUUUGUGUCUCCUUCACUAUCUCGUUCCUCCUCAUUUGCUCCUGGCCCACACCGACGUUCACACCCGAAUCUUCACCACCUAUCCCUCGCACCUUUAACACCAAAAUAUCCAAUUGAUCCCGCCGAUUACGCCGCCUACUUUGACCCAGCGACGUCGGAACUACACCCGUCGGCGUCUAUCUCCCAAAUUGCCAGCCUGCCGUCUCCAGGUGGAAUUUUGGCCACUAGCCACUCAGCAGCGCAUUCGCGAGCGAGUUCGCGGACAAGAUUGAAGAAGAAGACGCGCUCGAAUGUAUCGAUUGCAGCAGCCACUUCGGACGCCCAUGGCCACCUCACCCAUACCCCCUCAGGCGCAUUGACCAGCGAAGGAUUCGGACACAAGAAGGCGGCAAACACAAAUAUGAUACACGUGCAUAGAUCGGAUUCAUCGUGGUUGAUCCAGACUGGGCUGGCGUUGACGGAAGGGUCACGGGAAAGUAAAGGACAGUCAUGGAUUUCCAAACGAGACUCGUCGACGUCGUUGCAUACGCCUGUAGAUGAAAGACCGGCGCUACGAUCAGGGAGGGCCACGCCGAGUGUCAGUCGCAGAAGCAGUCAGCGGAGGAGUAGGAGAUCACUGGCGAUGACUCCGGUGCCGUUCACACCCGUCGUAGAUGAAGCUGCCCCAGAUUGGGCAGAUGCUCAGACACAAGCAGAGAUUGCUGCACGGGUCGAGAACGACUUGGCCGAUGAGUUCGACGAGGACCCAUAUGGCAUUCUGGACUUUGAAGGACAAUUUGAUAGUGAAGAUGAAGAAGAUGUACGCAAGGAAAUUUCAAAAUAUCGACUGGGAAGAUGGAUGGAUGGACUUGUGGAUGUUUUCCUUCGAUUGGAAGAUUUUCCUGAAUCUCUCUCUGCGGAUUUGGAGGCUGGAAAUGCUCAAACACAAAUGCCUUUACCCGGUGCUCCGGCUGUUAAGGAGGCCGAUACUGCUAGUUUGAUAUCUGACAAUCCGUCAGUGGAGACACCUCCCGAAAAACCAAAUGGUGUCUGGGAUGAUGUGGCUUGGUUUGGUCGUAUGAUAGUGAAGACUGUGCGGUCAUAG